GAUACUCCGGGCUGCUUCAGCGGCGCUCAGCUGUCGCUCUUCAUUCUGCAUCGUUUGUUUGGUAUGAACCCGCUAACUUCAGUGUGGUAACAUUCCACCCAAAUACGAGGCUGCGGCAGCUAAAGGAGGUCGUUUACACCGCUGAAUUUUGGACAGCACCGGUUGCGAUACUGACAAAUAUCCAGGUAUGUCUUCGUUCGCCGUGAGCGAGAGCGUUGCCAAAAAGAAGCACGUUCGUUUCGCUAGCAUGGAAGAGGAGGACGACAACGACGAGCCGGAAGAGAACACGCUGUUUGACAAGAGAAAGGAGGCCGGUCGGGGGCUGAAGAGUGCACUGAAGGUGGCGAAGAGGACUAUAAAGCCGGGAGGAGACAACCGGGGGGUGAAAGUGGUCGGCGGAGGAAGCGGGGCGUGCGGCCGUUGGAUGGUCACGCUCGCGCUGUGUGGGUCCUUCUUGGGCUUGGGAAUGGGAAUCUCGGUUCUUGGCCCCACGUUUGAGGACCUGGCAGCCAAUGUGCAGAAGAACAUCAGCAACAUCUCCUACAUCUUUGUGGGCCGUGCUGCCGGCUAUAUCGGCGGAUCUCUCGUCGGAGGCAUUCUGUUUGAAUUGAUGAACCCUCAUGUCCUGCUAGGAGUCUCCAUGCUGCUCACAGCGUUUGGGAUGUUUGCCAUCCCGUUCUGUAAGGAGGCCCUGUUCCUCACUGGAAUCAUGUCUGUGGUUGGGAUCUCUAUGGGAGCCUUAGACACAGGUGGGAAUGUGCUCAUCCUGAACACAUGGGGGGAGCAGUCGGGCCCCCACAUGCAGGCCCUCCACUUCAGCUUUGCAGCAGGGGCCUUUGCGUCCCCCAUCAUAGCCAAGCUGUUGUUUGGCUAUGAUGGAAACAGCAGCUCUCCGGCCAAACCCACCAACCUGCGAAACGACACCUUGACAACUGCUGCUCCCACCAUGAACCACUACAUCCACGCCAAGAGCAGCACCCUGAAGUCCAUGUGGGCCUACAUCGUAAUCGGCUCCUUCCUCCUCUUCAUCUCCUUACUCUUCGUCGUCCUGUACUCCCGCGGUGGCACGGCCCGGGAUAAACCGCAGGUGGCGGCAGGGAAGCCCAAGAUGGCCAAACACCACCUGGCUCUUGUUGUCCUGCUUUUUUUCUUCUUCUUUGCCUAUGUGGGUGCUGAGGUGGCGUACGGCUCCUUCAUCUUCACAUUUGCCAAGGACUACGCCCACAUGCCUAAGGCUCACGCAGCCGGCCUCAACUCCCUGUUCUGGGGGACCUUUGCGGCCACUCGGGGGGUGGCCAUCUUCUUUGCAGCCUGCAUGUACCCUGGCACCAUGAUCCUCCUCUGCCUGGUGGGCACCAUGGUUUCCACUCUUCUUCUCUGCUUUUUCACCAACCACAAUGUGGUGCUGUGGGUGGGCACGGGCCUCUACGGGGCCUCCAUGGCGACCACCUUCCCAAGUGGGAUCUCCUGGCUGGAGCAGUACACCACAGUGACGGGCCACACGGCAGCAGCCUUCGUGGUGGGGGCUGCCACGGGGGAGAUGGUCCUCCCAACUCUGGUGGGAUUCCUCCUUGGGAUUUUUCCCAAGGAGCCUCUGCUGAUGUACCUGUCCCUCAUCACCGCUGUCUUCACCUCCAUCCUGUUUCCCGUCAUGUAUAAGGUAGCCUUGGCGCCUGGCACUACGGGCAGGAAGCUCCGCGUUGGGGGCCGGAUGGACGCUGAGAACGGCGAGGACCGCCAGGCCCUGCUGGACUCUGGAGCCGCCGAGGAUGACGAGGAAGAGGAAGAGCAGAAUGAGGCAGAUCAGUGGAACGAUGCAGACUUUGAGGUCAUUGAAAUGGACGACACGUCGAGCGUUAAUUCCCCCACCAAGGGGUCGUCUCCUCCAGGUGGUGGUGCUGUAACGAGCCCUGCAGCAGACUCUCCCGCAGGCAAACUGCAGCUGUCACUGGACAGACAGAAAAGAGACUGAAUGCUGUAGCGCCAUCUGCUGAUCCUGCACUGAACAUUACAUGAGCCAUGCUUGUUCUCAUUUCUGGCCCAGCAUUUCCAUGGAGACUGAACCCUGCAGCUCAGUUUGAGCUGUUAACAGAGGCUUAGAGACAGACUUCCUGCUCUGCUGGUGCCCUCUGCAGGAGACUCCCACAUCUAACAGUUCAGUGCAUUCCUGAGGACAUGCCCCUGAUCAUCCAGCCAAUCAGCUGCCAGACUCAUGUUUGAA